AUGGAUGAUGACUUUGUUAGAGCUCUUAAUAAAUUCAAUUCCAAAUUUUCUUUCCGUAAUAAAAAAAAUUCACUCAAUGAAGUUCUUCAGAAAAACAAAAGAAAUGAUAAAAAAGAGGAUAUAAAUUGUAAUAAAUUAAAAAAUGAUUUAGAAUUACAAUAUAUACAUAGUUCUAAUAAUAAAAUAUGUCAGAAAUUUUUAACUUUACCACUUAACAAAAAAUCGGAUAAACUAAAAGACCACUCAGAUAAAAUUAUACUACCGGUUUCUAUUUUGAAAACCUUGGAAAAGGGUAACUACAAGAACGAAGUAGAAUUUCCAUAUACCUUUAGUAUUAAGAAUGUACAAAAUAAUUAUAUUACACAUGCAUGUGUUCUCGAAUUUAGUUCUAACGAAGGAAUCAUCUUCGUUUCAGAUAACAUAAAAGAAAACCUAGGAUUAAAUAAACCUCAAAAUAGUAGCAUAGCACGUGUUUUAAUAACCUAUUGUAUAUUAUCCAAAUGUGAUUUUAUAAAAUUAGAUUCUUUAAAUAAUAAUAUUAAUGAUAUAAAAUAUAUGAAAAAUUUAUUAGAAAACGAAUUAAGUUUAAAUUAUAGUACGUUAACUUUAGGAGAUUAUAUACAUAUUAAUCAUCUUAAUUUUUAUAUAAGUGAACUAGAACCAGAUAAUGCCGUUUCAUUAAUAAAUACAGAUAUUAAUGUUGAUAUUUGUGAAAGAAAUAAUAUGGAAGGGUAUAAAAAUGUUAAUAUUCUAGGUGAUCAUAAAGAUAUAUAUGAAAUUAUUAAAAUCGAUAUACCUAUAAAUAGUAGUAUUCAGAAAGGUAUGAAUAAAUAUAAAUUUGUUCUUAAUAAUAAUACAUUAGAUCUAUUAAAAAAAGGGAAAAUUGAACUAGCUAUUCAUUUACAAUCUCAAAUGAUGUUACAUUCUCUAAAUUUGUUUAUAUCCUUACCUCCCUUAGAUUCUGUAUCAGAAGUACUUCAUCAUUUAUAUAUUGAUGAUUAUAGUACGGAUGAAAUUAUUAUAAAUAGAGAGGUCAUCAGAAAUAUUUUAAAACUACACUUUGCAUGUAUGAUAAAAGAACAACCUUAUAAUAAAAAUAAUGAUAAUCAUCAUGCGAAUGACAAAGAGGAUAAUGUACACAACGGUACUUGUAAUGAUCAUCAUGAGGAUGAUAAAAUAGAAAAGCAAAAUUAUGAUGAUUCCUUUUUAGAAUACAUAUUUGAACAUUUCUUUCCACAUAUAAUAUAUAUAGGUGUUCAUAAUUACAUGGACACACUUGUUGAUUAUAGUAUAUGCUUAAAAUUAAAUGGUGAAAAAAAUAUGAGUACCAAAAAGGAUGACAGUAAUAAUAAAUGUGUUAAUACAUCAGGAUUCAUUCAUAAUAAUAUUAAUUUGUUAAAAAAUAUAAAUAUAAAUACACAAGAUAUAGAUAAUAACAAUAAUGAUGACACAUAUAUUACAUGUGAUAAUUGUCUUAAAAAUAUAUUAAAAUAUAAUAUACAUAUGCAUAAAAUUCAUUGUUUGAAAAAUUUCACCUUAUGUAAUAUAUGUAAAAAAGUGUUGAAAAAAAAUGAAAAAGAUAAUCAUAUACAUUGUGAUAUUUGUAAUGAAGGGAUGCAUAAGAAUAAAAAAAAAACACAUGAACUUAUAUGGCAUACUCAAAUAAAAUGUGUAUGUGAUAAACUUUUGUUUCGUAAACAAUUUAUAUUUCAUCAAAAUUUAUUUUGUCCAAAAAAAAUUAUAUAUUGUACUUUUUGUAAUAUUUUUACACAAUCAAAUAUUAAUAUAUAUAAUGAAGAAUUUAUUUUAGCUACCUUUUUUGAUAAAUAUGAUAAUAUCAAAACAAAUAAUUCUACAGUAAAUAAAUCAAUAAAAUAUUAUUACAAUAUGUUGUUUACAUACUUUCAUUUCUUUUUAAAAUAUAUUAAAAAUACAGAACAUGAAAAGUAUUGUGGAUCCAAAUCUAUUAACUGUACCAUUUGUAAGCAAAUUAUUUAUAGAAAUGAAUACCUUUUACAUUUAAAUACACUUCAUCAUUUUAAUAAAAUUGAGUCCUUUAAAAUUAUAAAUGAUAAUGCAGAUCUGAGCCAACUUAUGAACUAA